AUGAAGAAAGGAACGAAGAGGGACACAGGAUCUUAUGCAGAAAGGAAUGCUAAUGAGGGGAGCCAACACAGCGAGGACAGUCAGUACAGCCACUACAGCGAGAACAGGGAUUCGUUUGUUCAGCAUCUUUUUAAUGUGAAUAGGAAAGGCCCUGGAGGGAGGAGGGGCAAGCUGUAUGAACAACACGCCCCCCAGUUUGAAAAUGAGCAAGGGGAGAGUAACUGUAACUGGUACGAUGCGGAGGGAUCACCCGGUGGAGGAAGCAGGGCCUACGUCGUGGGAGGUGAGGAGGAGAGGUACCCCGCGCGGGAAGACGAAGAAGUGAUGAAGUACUACUCAGUAGUGAAGAGCAACAAAAUGAACGACGACAUUUUGCAGAAUCAGAUUGACCACCUUCUGAACUUUAACAACAAAAUGGAGACCUAUGAAGAGAAACAGAAGAAGUUGCUCCUGGGUUCAGCGAACGAUGAGGAAAUCGAUCCGUGUCUUUACAGCGGGAAGGGCAACAAAGACGAGAAGGAUGAUGGUGAUGACGAUGACCAUGGUGCAGUUUUUUUUUCCCACUUUGUAGAUGACCUAAGUAAGGUGAAAAAGUAUCUCCUGACAGAGCGAGCAGAUGGUCUCCCCCCAAUAAGUGACAACAAAGGGAUGAGUCAGCCCCAUGGAGUGAAUUCCACUGUGCGUGGUGAGGACUUGGUUGGCAAUGAAAUAGCCCAAUCGCUUAACAGCAGCCACAUCACGUUCAAUGAGAAGAGACUACUAAACAUUUGUAACAUAAAUUUGAGCAACAUCUUGUAUUUUUACCUUUGCUGCAAUGAGGAGUAUUCUUUACUGUGCCUGGAGGAGGGAAGGAAACUUGUUUAUACGUAUGACUCGUAUUCCUUUGAUAGAGUCGACCGGGGGAGUGAUGUCUCCAGCAAUCUCCCCUCGGAGGGGAGCUCCAGAUCGAGCUCCAUAAGCGACGAGGAGUUGCUAAUGCUGCGGUAUGGUAAUGCGGAGGGGGGAAGCUCCUAUGGCGAUGAGGAGGCAGACUGCUAUGACGAUGAGGAGGCAGACUGCUAUGACGAUGAGGAGGGAGAUUGCUAUGACGAUGAGGAGACAACCCGCUAUCUUGAUGACCGCAUUGGUAACCACGUGGAGGACCCCUUACGCAGGAAAAAAAAGCACAGGAGGAAGAAAAAAAGGAAAACCAAGAGGAGCAGGAACGGAGGAAAGGGAGCCACCUCCACCCCGUCCUCCGCUGAGCCAACAAAAAUGAAUAAAGAGGUAGAAUCGUUAAUGAAUAAGGCCAACAGCUACUACAUUAGCCAACAUUUCGACAAAUGCAUAACCAUCCUGGAGAAGGUCAUUAAGCUGGCACCCAACUUACACGAUCCCUUUCACCUCCUAGGUUUGAUACACGAGAGAGAAUACAAAAAUGUGAAGAAGGCAAUAAACUACUAUUUGAUUGCAGCACAUUUACUGAGGAAUGACUACCUGUCAUGGUAUAACAUCAUUGAGCUGUGUAAAAUGGAGAAAGAGUACAAGCUCAUUUUGUACUGCCUCUUCAAGGUACUACGAAUAUAUAGAAAGAGGAUUGCCAAGAGGGAGAAAAAGCGCAUGGAAGGGUCUGUCCAGGGAGAAAUCGACUACGGAGGGAGUCCAUACCAUUCCAGUGGAGACCCUCAGGACAGCAUCCCAAAGGAGGAGGAUCACAUUUAUGGUGACCACCUCGGACCAUCGAAGGAAAACGAACAGAAAAAGAUGGCAAAAGAGCAAAUAGACGACCUAGACGAUUUUUUGAAGCACCUCUAUUUUAAUGUAGCCUUUACGUACCUUUUGCUGGAGGAUUACAAAAACGGGUUGAAGUGGCUGCUGCUUCUACGGAACAGCUGCGGAGGUGAGGUCGACACGAUUGUUGAUUUGUACCUCUGUGUGUGCCUCGUGGUGGUGAGAAACCCACAAGACAGCUACCACUUCUUAAAGGAUAUGUUUCAACGGGUUAUCCGAGACAAGCGCAGGGAUAGAGGAAGAGCAGGGGGAGAAGCCGCAUCGGGGGAAAGGACCCGCGCCGACAUCUGGUCGUACAAAGAAAAAUCCAUCAUCUGCUUCUUCAUGCAGAGUCAGAUCUUGAGCGGCAAGUACGACGAGUGCAUUUUUGUAUACACCAUGCUGACCAGGAUGAGCAGCCAGAAAGUCCAUCUCGACAUUUUCAUUCAAUUUGUGAAGUCCUUCUUGAUGGUCGGCAAUGUAGAUUAUGGUUACCUAACUAAGUGUUACUUUUUUCAAGUCAUUUUGGGAAACUACGUCCUGUUUGAGGAUCUCAUUUUCCACCUCGCUGAGUCAUACUACUCGCGGGGCAUGUUCGAGAGCGCCAUUUAUUUUUACCGAUUGGUGUACGCCCGCAGGAAGGGCGAAGCGAGGGAAGCGAAGGACGCGGCGAGGAGCUCUUUCACAGGAGAGGAUCGUUCCAAGGGAGAGGAUCCUUCCAGGGGAGAGUCGCGUUACAGCCGAAAUAAUGCCCCCUCCCUUUGCGGCCCCGCCAGUGAUACCCUCGUUCGGUACGACAACGGAGUCGACUUCCUCGCCACUGUGUACAAACUACUCAAGUGCUACUACUACCUGCAGAAGUUCAACAAAGCAGAAAAAAUAAUCAUCAAAAUAUUGAAUAAUGAAUACUUGGAAAAGAAAAACAACAUCGAAAUAGACAUCAAAACACUGUACAUCGAUAUCCUACAUAAAACGAAGAGACACAACAAAGCGAUAAGUAUUCUCCUCAGCAUUAAGCAGAAGAAACUGCGAUUCAUGUGUUCCAUCCCGAACCCUCUAAGCAAUAAAGAGAGAGAAGUCCUCCUCCUCAAAAUUCUAAAUCGAAAAAACAAACUUCUCCUCUACCUUUCUCACAAUAGCUACAUCAUCCAUAUGUUCUAUGUGUAUCAGAAGAAGGACAGCGUUUUCUACAAAUACGAUCAUUUCUUGUCCAACCGGGAUGUCAACGAUAUCAUUAAGGUGAGGGUAAACAUCUGCUUCUGCUACUUCUGCGUCAAGUACAACUUUAGUGUCUUGGGGUACCUCUACCUCUACAACGUCUUAAUCUUUCUGGGCUCCAGGAGGAGGAGAGAGAGUGCAACCCACGGGGAAUGUAGCAACGGAGGCAAUCCGGUCAAUCCAGGCAAUCCAGUCAAUCCAGGCAACCGCAACACUCGCGAAAACAGCGUGGCCCGGGCCACCCCGCGCAGAAGACUCAGGCAGAGGAUUGUCACCCUGCACACCUACAGGGAGUACGUCGUCUUCCUCGCCACUUCCUUUCACAUUUUCAAAAAUAGGAAGAAGCCGGAGAACCUGGAUAUUGUGCACAAGGAUUUGAAGAUGGUCGGCACGAGGCUGUACUACAAGGGUGUCUUUGUCUUCGACGUGCAACGGGUGCUCGCCCGGGGGGGCGCACCAGGCGAAUCGGUGAACGGGGGUACGAGCAUUGCCCGUGUGGCGGAUUCUCCAGCCGCUCCUCUGGCCGCCUCUCCCACCCCCCACCCCGCCAGGCGGCAAUUCCACAGACAGCUGCGGCGCCUCGCGCAGGGCGUCGAAUCAGAAAUAUUUAACAGCAAAAUAAUGGGGAAAUUCUACAAAUUCAGCUACAGCUUUUUUUACUUCCUUUACGAGAUCGAGCAGGAUUUCAAGCGCAUACACACCGCCAUGGAGAAGGACAUUAUGAACUUCAAGGGGGAAGCGGAGGUGGAGGAUGGGACGCAGGCGGGAACGCACCCGGGGGGGUGGAGGUCUCUGUUUAUGCCGCCUGGCCAUAGCAACGUAUGCAGAGAUGGAGGAGAUGGCGGCGAGGGGAGGGAGCUGCAAACCGGGGGGCUGCAAACAGGAGACCCCCCAAAGCGAAGCAAGCGGUUCUCCUUCCUCGUGACGAAGAAAAAAAUGAACCUGUUUACGUUUGAAAAUUACCUGGGCCUAUAUUUCAGCCUACUCUUCCUAGAGGAGUGCCUCUUCAUCGUGACGACGAUGAAUAUGUAUGAGGACGCCAUACACAUUCUCAGCCUAUAUCUAAAAAACAGAAAGUCCAGCAAAAUGAAGUUCCUCACUUAUAUGAAAUGGGUGAAGAAGGAAUUCCAGCAUCAUAGAAGUAGAAACCAUCUUGCAAACGUAGAAUCUUAUUUUUUCAACACUCCCUACUCUAGUAUCAUCACGGAAGAGAUGCGAAGUGAGUACAGUAACUUCUUCAAGAUGCAUGAACAUGUCGAUUGUAAGUAUUUCCUCUUCCGAAUCAAUCUGCUCCUGAACAGGCUGUAUAUAUCCAGUGGGAACUUCGAAAGGCAGGUCAAAUGUCUCAGCGAUGCCUACAUUUUUAAGCGAAAGGAAAACGAUGAAUACAAGGUGCUGAAGUAUUACAGCGAUAUUGUCUUGACGGGGACCUUCUGCCAGAAUUAUCUAUCCUCCAUCUCAAAGUCUAGGUACAAAAAUAUCUUAAUUACUUUUCGGCUCUUCCUAGUUAGGACUCUACAUUGUAGAGAUAGCAACCCCUUUUUGAUUUACCUCAUCGGAAAUGUGUGCAACCUCUCCUGCAUGAUCGUGAAUUCCGUUCAGGAGUACACUCGCGCGUAUGCCUUUCUGCUGAAAGGGAGGAAGGCCAAUCGGCAGCGUCUACUGCGGUGGAGGGGCCGUGUCAAGGGGGUGAAUCGGGUGAAAAGGCUGAAGGGAAGGGCCAGCGACACAGAGGGGGAAGGAGCCCAGGAGGAAGAAUUGACGGACUCCCAAUCAGGCAGCGAAUCUGAUGGCCAACCUAGUGAUCAGCCGGGCCACCCCGCUGACACCGCUAACUCCGCUAACCCCCCGGCCGACCUCGAGGAGGAGCACUUCCUGUUCAGCAAGCUGAAGCUGUGCGAAGAGCGGAGGAGGCAAAACCAAGUAGAGAACAACUUCGAAACGGUUGCGGAUGAUGUGAACUUCCUCUUCAGCCUCAUGACGUCCUACUUCAAUUACGCGAGUGGCUACCGAGUGCAAAACAGAGAGUCAGUCAUGAUGACAUCCUUCUGCCUCCUCAAUGAUUACAUCACUAAGAGGUAUCAGCAAAAGGUUCUUCAAAAAAAAAAAAAGUACAAAAGGUAUUCUCUCUUCUAUAAGCCAUACAAAUAUAUCUACAUCGCGGAGAUUCUGUACAAUUUAGGCAGAGCGCUGCAUCAGCUGUCCUACUUCUCCGAGUGCAUGAAGCUAUACCUAAGCGUCAUCCGGUUAGUUCGGCGGGCAGAUAAAGAGAUGAAAAAAAUUUGCUCCUCCAAUAAGUUAAACCUUAACAGGAGAUUUAUCUUCCAACACGUCAUUAACAUGAAUCGCUGCAUGUGCUACACGUGUCUCUACUUUGGUCACAAAGGGAAAGCCACUCCCCUAAGAAGCCUCACCAACUAUUUUAACAACUUAAAUAACAAAUACUCCAACCUGUUUCUCCUUUUCUUCGACAAGCGCCACCUCCUGUUCUCGGCCUCCUACAAUUUGGGCGUCAUUUUUAGGAAGCUCAACAGGUUCGAGCAGGCCAAGUGUGCCCUCAGCAACAUCGUCUGGGACUGA